AUGAAUAGCUGCUUGGUGGUCUCUCUGAACGGAUCGACCCGUACUCUCAACCCUCUUCCUAAGCAGGAGUUUUUUUACGGACCUUACAUCGCAGCCGAACUAACGAUAUCCAUUCUGUCUGCAUCCGGAAAUCUAUUGGUUUGCAUUGCAGUGGGACGCAACAAGAAGCUCCGAACUGUUACCAACUACUUCUUGGUCUCUUUGGCAGCAGCUGAUUUCUUCGUCGGCACCCUGGCGAUUCCGUGUGCUAUAAUGAGCGACCUGGGUUUCCCUCACAAUAAUAUCGACCUCUGCACUGCUAUUGUGUUCAUGCUUAUUAUGCUAACUCAGACCUCCGUCUUCAGCCUGCUAGCAAUAGCUAUCGAGCGCUACGUGGCGAUCCUUUUUCCGUUCCACUACCAGAGUCUCUUGAAGCCACGCAACGCUAGGCUAGUCAUAGUGCUAACCUGGCUUCUCUCUUUCCUUUUGAGCUUAGUGCCACUGCAAGGCUUUCAGAACCGAUUCAGACAUAUUACCUACUGCUUUUUUCCUUGUGUGGUCGACAUGACCUUCAUGGUGUACUUUAACUUCUUCGGUUGUGUUUUGAUUCCGCUGUUGGUGAUGUUUUUCAUUUACGCUCACAUCUUUAUAACCGUGAGGAGGCAGGUGAGGCGCAUCGCAGCGGUGCACAACGCGCUGGAAGUGCAAACCAGGCAAACUUCGGCCAUGCGACGCGAGGCAAAGAAGGCCACCUCGAUUUUUCUGAUCAUCUUCCUUUUCGUUUUGUGCUGGAUGCCAAUUCACGUUCUGAAUUGCUUAGAGCAGUUCUGUCCACAGUGCACAGUCCCGUUACCUAUCAUAUUGACAGCUGUUAUCCUUUCGCAUGCCAAUUCGGCUAUUAACCCGCUGCUCUAUGCUUACAGAAUGAAAUCGUUCCGUCAGGCUUUCAAAGGCAUGUUCUUUUGCUGUCGAUCUACUCCUACAAUCUUGGAUACCACUGACAGCAAUGGAACUUCAAAAAAAAACAUGAAUGUGAGAUAA